AUGAAAACUGUCACCAAUGGCCAUUUACAAUUUGUGAUAACAAAUACACAGAAUAAUGUAAAAUUUCAGCUAGAUUUAUUUACAUUAGAAGAGAAUAGUUUAAGAAUGAAAAUUAAUGAAUUAGAACCAAUUAGAAAACGUUAUGAAGUACAAAAUGUUAUUGUUAAUGAACCAAAAUUAGUCAGUGUUACAACAUCGAAGUUAGAUGUAAAUCAAUUGGAAGGUCAUUUUGGAAAAACAUGUCGUUUUAUAUUAGUGUCAAAUCCAUUUCGAUUAGAUUUAUUUACAAAUGAGAAUGUUUUUGUUGUGUCUGUAAACUCAAAACAAUUGUUUAAUUUUGAACAUUAUAGAAAAAAGCAAAGUUCUGAUGGUGAAACGCCAUUACAUGAUGAAGAUGGAAUGUGGGAGGAAACAUAUAAAACACAUACAGAUUCUAAACCACAUGGACCAUCAUCGAUUGGUAUUGAUAUAAAUUUUGUUAAUUUUGAAAAUGUUUAUGGUAUACCAGAACACGCGGAUUCAUUUUCAUUAAAAUCAACACAUGAUACGGAUCCAUAUCGUCUUUUUAAUGUUGACGUAUUCGAAUAUGAUAUACAAAAUCCUAUGGCACUCUAUGGUAGUAUACCAUACAUGUUAGCACAUAAUGAACAAACUAGUGUUGGUUUUUUCUGGUUAAAUGCUGCUGAAGGUUGGAUUGAUAUAACUAACAACAAACUGAGUACUAAAAAUUUAUUUUCUACAAUUAAAAAUUUUUUUGGCACUACAAAAGUAGAAAAUGAAUUGCCCGAAAUUACCACACAUUGGAUGUUUGAAUCGGGAAUAUUUGAUGGUUUCUUCUUUUUGGGACCGACACCAAGAGAUGUAUUCAGACAGUAUGGACUAAUUACAGGAACAACACCUUUGCCACCACUAUGGGCAAUUGCUUAUCAUCAAUGUCGAUGGAAUUAUAAUGAUGAAGAUGAUAUUAAAAAUGUCAAUGCUGGUUUUGAACAUCAUAUGAUACCGAUGGAUGUUCUUUGGUUGGAUAUUGAACACACAAAUGGAAAACGUUAUUUUACAUGGGAUACGGGUAAAUUUCCCAAUCCUGAAAAAAUGCAACAAGACAUCGCCCUCUAUGGGAGAAAAAUGGUUACGAUUAGUGAUCCACAUAUAAAAAAAGAUGAUAAUUAUCAUAUUUAUGCAGAUGCGAAAUUAAAACAAUAUUUUGUUAAAAGUAAAGAUGGUUCCGAUUAUGAAGGAUGGUGUUGGCCCGGUUCAUCAAUGUGGUUAGAUUAUUUUAAUCCGGAAAUAUUUGAUUGGUAUGCAAGUCGUUAUUCUUAUCAACAUUACAAAGGUUCAACAUCGACUCUAUUUCUAUGGAAUGAUAUGAAUGAGCCGUCGGUGUUUAAUGGACCAGAAGUAACAUUUCCCAAAGAUGUUGUUCAUUAUGGUGAUUUAGAAAAUCGCGAUGUUCACAAUAUUUAUGGAAUGUUACAACAUAUGGCAACAUUUAAAGGUCUUCUUGAUCGAUCUGAAGGACGCGAACGACCAUUUAUAUUGACAAGAAGUUUUUUUGCUGGAUCUCAAAGAACAGCUGCUGUAUGGACGGGUGAUAAUGCGGCACAAUGGAGUCAUUUGAAAAUGGUUGUACCAAUGUUAUUAAGUUUAAGUGUUACUGGUAUUGGACUCGUGGGUGCGGAUGUAGGCGGAUUUUUUAAAAAUCCAGAUCCAAAAUUAAUAGUUAGGUGGUAUCAGGCCGCUUCGUUUCAACCAUUUUUUCGUGAACAUGCUCACAUCGAUACGGCUCGUCGUGAACCAUGGUUAUUUGGUGAUGAUAAUACACGUCUUAUUCGUCAGGCAAUUGAAACUCGCUAUACCUAUUUACCAUAUUGGUAUACCCUAUUUUAUAAACAAGAAAAACAAGCACUACCACCUAUGUUACCAUUAUGGGCCGUAUUUCCUCAUGAUACACAAACAUUCAAAAAAGACGAUUCAUUCAUGAUUGGAAAUAGUCUUCUUGUCUAUCCAAUCACCGAUGCUGAUGUGACAGAAGUAUCGAUAUAUUUUCCAGGCAAUAACACUAUUUGGUAUGAUAUUAGAACAUUUAUACCAUAUAAUGGUUCUGAAACAUUAUUAAUUACAGUUGAUAUGGAAUCGAUUCCCGUCUAUCAACGUGGUGGCAGUAUAAUACCUCAACGUUUAAGAAAACGACGUUCAUCAAUGUUAGCAAUAAAUGAUCCAAUAACAUUAAUAGUUACUCUAGAUAAAAAUAAUGAAGCCAGAGGUGAAUUAUAUAUGGAUGAUGGACAUACAUAUGAUUAUAAGAAGAAACGACAGUUUAUUUAUAGACGAUUUUUAUUCAAAAAUAAUGAACUAACGUCGAGCUCGUUAAAUCCAAAUGGUAAAUUCGAUACAACUGCAUGGAUUGAAAGAAUUGUUAUCAUGGGCUAUCCCAGAAAUCCAAACAAAGUAUCAAUUAAUUCCGGUGAACAAACAGCCAUCCCUUUACAUAGUUAUCAUGAUAAACAAAAAGUUGUUAUUAUUCGACGUCCGGGACCCUCUAUUUCAACCGAUUGGACACUAACAAUUUCCUAA